CGCAAAAGAAUAUAUACCAAUUUGCUGCUCAAUACUCCAUGUGUUUGACCGUCUGAACGCGUGAUCUCAGCAACGCCACUCCUUGUUGAUUGUCGUGAAUUGGUGGGCACGUGCAGUCGCGUAGAACUGACGUCGGUGAUAAUUUGUCUAGCUCCGAGCUCGAGCUCCACAACUCCGUCAUUGAUCGAGCUAGCAGCGCAACGACGUUCAUUGUGUUCUCAUUGCUUGGAGACGUUUUCCCCAGACUUUGUGCUUUUCGAAACAGACUCGAGAUUACAACAAUGGCAUCCAAGUCUGCAUCCAUGGCUCUGCGCCUCGGCGCGCGCGCGGCGCAGCGAACAGCCACACGCGCUGCUGUGCUACCUGCGAAAGAAGCAAGCAUGGGUCUGCGCAACUUCACCACUGUGCCUCGGAGCAUCCGCAGCCUGCGAGGGAAGUCAGCCAUCAGCUUCGCCAGCCCUCUCUCGCAGCGGAGGUUCAUCUCCGAGCGCCCAGAUGGCCGCGGCAGGGUCUACGAUUUCGAAGAUGUCCUGUCCAUCCUGGAAAACCCCUCCGACUCGCGUCUCCUCAUCGACGUCCGCGAACCCCACGAGUAUGCCGCGAACAGCAUCCCCACCGCCAUAAACCUCCCCAUCACCUCGCACCCUGACGCGCUGCUCCUCUCGCCCACCGAGUUCCAGGACGAGUUCGGGUUUGCGAAGCCCCCCACCGGCAAGGAGAUGAUUUUCUUCUGCAAGGCGGGCGUGCGAAGCAAGGCUGCAGCGGGCAUCGCCAGACAAGCGGGCUACACCAAUGUGGGCGAGUAUCCGGGGAGCUGGAUUGAUUGGGAGAGGAACGGUGGGCCGGGCACGACGAGUCCGCCGCCGGCUGGUGGUGUGGGGGAGCGGACGGGGCCGGUGGGAGAGACUAAGUUUACUGGAGGGAAGACAAGCGGGGAGGAACAUACUGCGGAUGGCGUGGUGCAGCCGCCAAAGGGUGGGCAGUUUGGGACGCAGUAGAUGGUGAGGGGUCCCAAGGCUGACCGAACUCUCGAAGAUCGACCACUUGAGUUGUCACAAUCAUGUUAAAAUUUGCGGUCUCAGAGAUAUGUAAUCAUGGGCUAUGAAGACAUGUACCGUUUUGCACUGAAUAGAGACAUAUACUAAGUGUAGAAAAAGCCAACAACAAGUUUUUAUGGAGCGAAUGCGGCGUUUAGAACAGCAAUGAUGGUCCUGAUUACCGUCAUAGGUUCUUUAUCUGAUCCCUUGUUGACUGCGGCGUUUAGGAGAAUUUUUGCUGUCUUAAACGCGUUCGGCAACGAGGGGUGAGACCUACAAUUUAGGAUGGCAUACAGGAUAGCAACGAUUUUAACAAAGUACUGGAAAGCUGCUGACUACAUCACAGCAUCGCAAUGGUCGCAUAUCUGUGGGACCUAAUCAG